UAGCUCAAGCCUUGCUUAAAUCCGGCAUAAAUCCUGCAUCCAAACAGGCCCAAGUAUAUCCCUUCUAUUGUAAUUCGAAUAUAUCUGUAUAUAUAUAAUAUAUUAACCCCCUCUUGAUACAAAUUCUUACCAUUGCAAAUUAGCAAGAAGCAUAUAAGGUUCAGGCCACCAUUAGAGAACCAGUCAAAGCUGAAGUGAAGAAUAAAGAAGAGAAUCAUAACGAGAUUUCAAAGAGAUUCGGCAGUACAAUAAUAACCAUAAAUGGGGGAAAAACCUCUUUCCGCUAAGGUCGAACAAAUUGUGCAUAUGGUGGGAGGAACUGGAGAGACAAGCUAUGCUAAAAACUCCAUUGUUCAAGCAAAGGUAAUUUUGAAAGCAAAGCCAAUAGUAGAAGAAGCUAUAAGAGAAGUCUAUAGAACUCUUUUCCCCAUGAAAUUUGUAGCAGCUGACUUGGGUUGCUCGUCGGGCCCCAACACAUUUUUGGUGAUCUCUGAGAUCAUUAGCGUUAUCCAUGACCUUAGUCGACGGUUAGAUAUCAGCCAUGAAUCAGAAAUACAAAUAUUUUUGAAUGAUCUGCCUGGAAAUGAUUUCAACAAUAUCUUUCGUUCAUUGAUGGAUUAUAAGAAGCAAAUUAAGGAGGACAAGGGGGAGAACGUUGUGCCAUUUUAUGUCGCUGGAUCCCCAGGAUCAUUCUACACUCGGCUUUUUCCUUCUAAGAGCGUUCAUUUCUUUCACUCUUCUUAUAGUCAAAUGUGGCUUUCACAGGUGCCAAGAAUGGUUGAUGAUGAAAGCACUUUUGAUGAACUGAAGAAGGAAAAUUUGUACUCGGAACAAUUCAAAGAGGAUUUUUCAACCUUCCUUAAAUUAAGAUCCAAAGAACUAAUUUUUGGAGGAAGAAUGGUGCUAACAAUUGCAGGAAGAGUAAAUAAUUCAGAGUAUAAAGAUUCGUUCUAUAUGUUGGGGCUUUUAAGAUUGGCAUUAAAUGAUAUGAUUUCUGAGGGACUUGCAAGAAAAGCAGAUCGAAAUGCCAUCAAUUUUCCAUAUUACGCACCAACUAUAGAGGAAUUGAAAUCCAUUAUUGAUCAAAAAGAAGGGUUCUUUUAUCUUGACAAUGUCGAAACUUUCGAGUCAAGUUGGGAUCCUUUUGAAGACGAACUGAAUAAUUUACAGCCUGAUUAUAUUUUAAGAGGGAAAAUUGUGGUGAAGUACAUACAAGCAGCUGUAGAGCCUCUUCUUAAUGUUCAUUUUGACAAGGAAACUAUUGCUAAUCUAUUUUUUCGAUAUGCAAAAAUUAUUACGACUCACUUAACUGAGAAACCAAAGUGGGUGAAUUUUGUCCUUGUUUUGAAGCUAAGAGGAAGAAUGCAGCUUAAAGCAUGUUAGUUAUUAAUGAAGAAAAUUAGAGAUUAGUUAUCCUAAAAAAACAUCUGUAUGUUCUUUCAGGGCUGCAACAUUAUGUAAUCUUCUAAAGCUUUUUAAAUUAAUGCGAGUUUUAUUCUGUCAUCUUGUAAGAAAA